AUGUUCUGCAAGCCAAGCAAUUCCCACCCAAAGUGGGAAACUAUUCUGAUGAAGCCAAAGGUGUUCCUGAAUGAUCUUCCAGGAAACGAUUUCAACAUAAUGUCGCUGCCUAGCCUCUAUGAGAAGAUCAACAAAGAUAAGGGAAGUGAUUUUGGGCCAUGUUUCAAAACAGGAAUGCUUGGAAAUUUCUAUGGAAGGCUGUUUCCUAACACUUUUGCUCAUUCUUCUCACAUCUUCAAUAACGUUCACAGGUUAGCAAUCCCUAAAGUUCCAGAAGGGCUUGUGAAUGAGAAAGGAUCACCAUUUAACGAAUGGAGUAUUUACUUAAGCAGGGCAGGGCGCGGUUUAAUAGAAGAGGCAAAAUUGGGCAGGUUCAAUCUGCCCUAUCAUACAGCUUCUGCAGAAGAAGUUAGGCGUGUGGAUUGGCUUGCUAGCAUGGGCAAUGUCCAUCGGAAGAAGAAGGAUGAAGAUGAGGAGGAAGGAGGAGAGAGGGAAAAAAAGAAAGAGAAGAAGAAGGAAGGGAGGGUGAGGAUAGUGAAGCUGAAGAGCCAAGAGGACCAGAACUUAACUCCACACUUUACAACGGAGCGUGGGAAACACUAUCCAGUUAUGCAACUUGUCCAUGGCUCAUCAACAGAUGAGAAUUAG